UGCCAUUUUAUGGUACAUACAUAACACCCAUAGAAUACCCAUUUACAGAUAUGAUCAUGGUAUAACAGCUUUACCGAAAUACUAUUUUGUUAUGUAUAAAAUGGCUGGGUAUGGAAGAUUUAUGCUUUUUACUGAUUUCGGUAAUGUUUUAUGUGCAAGAAAUAACUUAUUAAACGUUUACCAGAGUGCGCCGAGGAAUGCAUUUAAAUAUUUACAUGAUAGUGCUUUUCCACCAAAACCAAAGAAGCCACAAUCCGCAUUUUUUUUGUACUUAAAUCAUGUUAGAUCAAAGUUUAUGCAAGAGAAUCCUAAUCUAAGAGCACCAGAAAUAGUAAAGAAAGCAUCUGAGAAAUGGGCAGAAUUAGAUCCUUUGGAAAAGGAAGAUUUUCGAAAACAGUAUAGCCAGAAUUAUGAAAUGUACGUACAAGAAUUAAAAGCAUACAAUGAUUCUUUGACUGAUGAACAAAAACAAUUAAUACAACAAAAUAAAGAGAAAAGUAAAGAAACAAGUGAUAAACAGAAAAAAGAAACAUUUGGAAAACCAAAGAAACCGUUAACAGCAUUUUUAGCAUAUAUGCUAUCAAAGAAAAAUGAAAAAGAUCCAAACCUAGCUUAUAAGAAUUGGCUGCAGGUGAUAUCAACAAAUUGGAAUGAAAUGUCGGAUACAGCGAAGCAACCGUAUGUCGCUCAAGCUACAGAAUCAAUGAUGCAAUAUAGAAAGAAUGUAGACGAAUGGGAAAAGAAAAUGAUAAGUUUAGGCCAUUCUGAUAUAGUAAGACGUCAAACUUUGAGGUUUAAACAGCUGAAGAAAGAAUAACAAAGAUAAAAAUUAGAUUUUUAUACCAUAACUUUUUUGCCUGUACUACUAUAACUGACUCAUACACAAAACUAAGUAGUAUUAAAUAUUUUAUGAACAAA